UAUCCACAAUAUUUCAACAAAUCGAGGAGGGAUUUCGACAACACCAUCCUAAUGUGAUCUAAAGAUGACUCACCUUAGUACCGAACCUGCACUCGAUGCUGAGCAUGGCGACAUACACGUUGAACUUGUCCAGUACUUCACGGAAAGAUAUCGUGGCCAGCGCCUUCCUAGCGACAUUGCGCGCUUUCUCAACAUCAGUAGCCUAGAAGUAAACAAAUCGGCGACACAAAUGGGUGAUGUAUUGGCCUCGCAGGCCCAUGGGAGUGGUGCCAAUGCCAACGCGGAAAACCAACGACCCUGCACCUCUAAGGAAAAGAUAUCUGAGAGUGAGCAUAAGGAUUCAAAAACACCAAAGAAAAGAAAAUAUACAAGAAGGUCUCACGACGAAGAGCUGCUGACGAAGAGGAACAAGCUUCAUCAAGCUCAAUGCGAGUAUAAGAAAUGUCGAACAGACUUUCGUGACUUCAAACUCUCGAAACAAAUUAGUAAGAAAAAGCAGGAAAUAGAAAAGACUCGUGAGCAACUGGAAAAAAAGCUAAAAACAUAUAAAGACUGCGCAAAGAAAAACAAUAUCGAUGUAGACAACGAUAUUUUAGAUCUGGACAAAAAAAUUACUGGCGCAAAGGAAAAAGAUAAAGAAAAUAAACAAAAUGAGAUAAAAAAUGACAGGCAGAAAAGGGCUGAGGAAGUAAAUAAGAGAAUAAGAGAUUUAAAAGAACGCAGUGAUAUAAUCAAAAACGAAAUUGACAAAUUUAAGAAAAAGGAAAGUAAAAAGAAGAAAGAAAAGAGUAAUGUGAACGAUACGUAUAAAAAUUUAAAACUAGAGAAAAUAAAGUUUGAUAUCAACAUGGAAUGCCUACGCAACGAAGAAGAAAACAAGAAAAACCAAAUCAGGAAGGUAAUUCACAAUAUGAAAAUGAUCGAAUCAAGAAAAAAUAAAACUAUUGUGCAAUUAGAACAAAAACUAGCUAAUGCUAGGUCCAGACUAGAAGAAAAGCUCAAGGAAAUACAAAUAACUGAAUAUAAAAAAACUAAAGAGAUUGAAAAAAAAAUAACGAGUUUUGACGAAGUAGUAGCGCAAGAGAGGAAGAUUGUGGAUAAUAACAUUGAGAAGUUAAACCUUGACUUGAAGAAUAAACAAACCCGAGUCGAGAAGACAUUGCAAAGUCUCGCGGCACGUGAGGGCGAAAAGGAAGCUGAAGUCCAAAACAUGAUAAGAAAGUUAAAUGAAGUCGUAAACAAAAAAGAGAUAGAAAUGGUAGAAAAAGUUAAAAACAUGGAAAUUAUUUCAAAUCAAAAUAAAGAGGAACAUAACAAACGUAUGCAGUAUUUUGAUUUGGUCACAGAAGCAGAGAACAACAAAUUUAAUAAAGAAAUUGAAGCCAACAAACAACGUGAAGUUGAAGCACAAUGUGAGAUGGAAAAGAAAAUUAAACAAUUUUCCAAACUACUAGCUGAAGCUGAAAACCAGACUAAGCUGAAUAUUGAGAAAAUGCAACGAGACGCGGACGAGAAGGAAAAGAUUUUUAUAAUAAAAACUCUAAAUUUAGAAGCAAAAGAAAUCAAAACUAAAAAGGAGAUAGAACGAAAAUUUAUUGAGUUAGAAAAGACGUAUGAAGAUAAAAUAAAAACAAUGAAGAAAUCAGAGGAUGAGGCGAAACAAAUAUUAGACCAAAAUAAACGUAUUAUGGAACACGAAGAGUUAUAUAAGAAAAUAGAAAGCGAUCAAAAAAUUAAAAUAUGGAAAGACCAGUUGGCUUUAGCUCAAGAGGAACACUAUAAAAAAAUUGAGUUAAUAACAAAAGAAGAAACUGAAACUGAACAGCAAAUUCAUGCUGAAAUGUCACAAUUAAAAGUUAUUGAAGAACAAAUCAAGGCUGAUACUCAUGCAAAAAUUAAAAAGUUAAAAGAUCAAUUAGCAAAACACUCAGAUAAAAUUAAGAAAGAAAGAGAAAGAACCAAUCGUCUAUUUAAAACACGGGAAAAAAGUAUUAAACAAGCUAUUGAAACUGUAAACGCAGCACAAAAAAUUAAAAAACAAAAAAUGGAUGAAAACAUUAAUAAAUUAGAAAUUAAACUGAUUAAGCUCAGAUCGGAUGUGGAAGAGAACUGUAAGCUAAUAGAAAAAUGCUCGUCUGAGCGCAAAAGUCAACUUGAAGCUGAAAUGAAAUUAUUUGAAACACAAAAAAGACAAGAAUUAGAAAGUACCAUCACACGAUUAGAAAACGAGUUGACUGCAUUUAUAGUCGGAUUCAAUCAAAGCAUUGAGACAAUGCAGUUGCAAGCAGAUACAAAAAGGGUAGAAAUACACACCAACAUUCAGAGUAUCAAAGAUAAUAAAGCUCAGAUGGAAAAUGUACAGUCAGUGCAGACUUCACUAGAUAACGAAACGGAACAAUUUCAGAGAGAAAUUGAAUUAGAAGCCAAGAUCCAGUCAUACGAGGCGGCCAAAGAGCAGCUUAAAUCUGACUACCUUGUUCGUAUUGCAUCACUAGAACAGCGUUACGCCGAGUUAAAACAAACAUACAAAGUAAAUAUCGAAGAUAUAAAAAGGCAGGAAAAAGAAAGAAGUGAAACUUUCGAACAGAAUAUUAAGAUGCUACAACAGAACUGGGCUUUGAAACCUGGACUUGAAACCAAGCAAAAUCAGGAAGAUUUUGUAAAGAAUCAAAAUGAAACAAUAAAUGAAGCAAAUAUGCAUAUGCAAGAAAAUGUACGAUCGGAAAACAAUUCAGAGGAAGUACAGAGUACAGUGAGUUACACGCGACCACAGACUCUCGGAUCUUUGACGAGCGCAUUCAUUGCACAGCAGCUGCACCCCACGCCAGGACCCAGCGGUGUCAGUCGCGGCGAUGUGGCCACAGCGCAAACGUCACUCCUACCAGCUACUGCACCCAGCCAACAUUAACAUCUCGACUGGCGUCGCUUCUGGUAGGUGUCAGUUUUGCAACUAAACAUGGCAGCAUUCAAAACAAUUUACCACUAUUCGUUUUGGACAUUUCGAUGCCAAUCAUAGAUAAAUAACAUUCGCUCCCAUUUGGGCACGAGUGACAUUUACAACACUCUUUAUUAUGUUAGUUAACCAGACAUUGGUCCCACCGGAUUAAAGUAAUGUAUUUACAUUUAAAUAACUUCUAUACAAAUGCAAAAAGGUACAAAUCAUAAUUUAAGGCGGCAGUAAAUCUAUUUUCUGACUUGAUAUUGUAAAUCACAGUCCUAAGGAGCUUCGUGUAUGAUAUAGAGCUUAUUACCAUCAAACAUCUCAUAUAUUGCAUGAUGGCGUCCGACCGUCACGGCACCGUCGCCGCUACUUGCCAACUACUCAAGUUCAAUACUUUUUUCGAACUGUCAAAAACGACAGUUUUCCAUGUAUUUUGUACGAGAUUGUAAAUUGUGACGUCACGUUUUUUAGCCUCGAACAGCGUACUUUUAUUUCUUAAAAAAUUGCUGGUCAAUACUAAAAUUAUGUGGGUCAUAAAAUCAAUUAAUGAAAGUGUGAUUAUUUUUUAGUAUUUUAUUGUAUUGAACAGUCGAAAUAAUUCAUUUUUGAUUAAGGCAAGUACCUAAUGAGCACACACAGGUAUCUGUGUGAAACAGACACAGGUAUCUGUGUGGAACCUACCCUUAGUUUCCUCAGUCAAAAUUAAAUUAUUUAAACCAAUCAAUACAACAAAAUUUACAAAAAUUAUCACACUUUCUUUUAUCGUUUCCAUUACCAACUUAUUGUUCAUAUUUUUCUAGUAUUUUUUAAAUAAAUAAGUAAACUACAGGACGUACUAUAAUUGUGAAGUCAAGAUACAUAUCACGCGAUUACUCGUUGGUACCUACAAAAUUAAUAGAAUUCCAUGGCUAGAAAUAAAUCGUUUCGAAUGUUUAAUACAGUAAAAUAUUAAGAAGGAGUCACAUUUUCAAUAAUUC